AUGGAAUCUGGAUCCAUGGCCAAGAAUUCCAAGUUACAUGUAGUGAUGUACCCAUGGUUGGCAUUUGGGCAUAUUAUUCCAUUCUUUGAGCUCUCCAAAUUCAUAGCUCAGAAGGGUCACACAAUCUCUUUUGUUUCCACUCCAAGAAAUAUUGAUCGUCUCCCAAAAAUCCCUUCUCAUUUAGUUUCUUCCAUAACCCUAGUUAAGAUUCCACUGCCUAAAGUUGAAGGACUCCCUGAAUCUGCAGAGGCAACCAUGGAUAUCAGGAAUGAAGAUAUACCCUAUUUGAAGAAAGCAUAUGAUGGAAUGGAAACUGAGUUGACUCGUUUCUUGGAAAACUCACUUCCAGACUGGAUUCUCUACGAUUUCGCUCCACACUGGUUGCCUCCAGUUGCAGAAAGACUUGGAAUUUCUCGUGCCUUUUUUAUGAUCAUUAAUGCAUGGUUUUUAGCUUUCUUUGGACCAUCUGAGAUCUUGAUUAACGGUAGUGAUGAGAGGAAAGAAGCCGAAGAGUUCAUGAUUCCACCAAAGUGGGUUCGAUUUGAGACAAAAGUGGCUUAUCGAAGAUAUGAAGCCAACUGGGUCGUCGCGUCAGCUCAGACGAAUGACUCAGGAUUUUCAGACACUUAUCGAGGAGGUAAAGUAAUUCAUGGGUCCGAGGUUAUAUUCAUAAGACACUGCAACGAGUUUGAAUCGGAUUGGUUGAAAUUACUUGAAGAGCUUCACCAUAAGCCAGUGAUUCCAGUAGGCUUAAUGCCACCCCAAGUGGAAGAAGAUUACAGUCAAUCAUGGGUUUCAAUCAAAACUUGGCUUGAUCAUCAAAACAAACAGUCAGUUGUUUACAUAGCAUUAGGUAGCGAGGUGACGCCGAGUCAAGAUCAAAUCAAUGAGUUAGCUCUUGGAUUGGAGUUAUCUGGUGUACCCUUCUUUUGGGCGCUGAGGAAGCCAUCUCGGUCCGACGAUUCCAGCUCGGUAGUUCUACCAAACGGGUUCGAGGAGAGAGUUAAGGGUCGGGGUACGGUGUGGAAAAGUUGGGCACCUCAGGUAAAGAUAUUGAGUCAUGAGUCGGUGGGUGCAUUCUUGACUCACUGCGGUUGGAGUUCUUUUAUAGAGGGACUCACUUUUGGUCAUCCAUUAAUUGCCUUACCUUUUCUGGCAGAUCAAGGUUUGAAUGCUAGAAUGAUUGCUGACAAGCAGUUUGGGAUAGAAAUCCCGAAAAGCGACGAGGAUGGAUCAUAUACGAAGAACUCUGUGUCUGACUCGAUAAAGUUGGUAAUGAUUGAAGAUGAGGGAAAGAAAUUUAGAGAGAGAGCAAGAGAAAUGAGUGAAAUAUUUGGGAACAAAAUAUUACACGAUAGCUACGUUGAUAAUUUCAUUAAUUUUCUUGAAAAUCAUAGGUUUGUGUUAAGUGGUACCAGUGGAUAA